GGUUUCUUGAGCCUUGUGGUAGACGACAUCGGAACUGUCCCCUGUUUCGAGCGCGCACCGUGCAGAAGGCGGACUCGACUUGGUGAAAGCUUGCGGAACGCAGAGGAAGGUAGUGGACUUUGUUUGUCCAUGUGUGUCGAAAAUCCUUGGCCACUGCAAAAGGUCAUCGACCGAGGGGAAUUCGGAUACACUGAUUUCCAGUUUCAGUGUGUCCGGAGUUUUGGCCUUGGGACGGCCCAUUCUGGCUGGGUCAGAUUUUGAGUCUGAGAGACGAGAGGAGAGGAGAUCCACCGGAGGCUGGCUUGGAUUCGGGGAACGUCGAACACUGAGCAGCAGAUUAGGUUUUCUUCUGAGCGUCUGGGCAAGCGAUGGAAAGCAACUGGAAAUGAAGUGAGGUUUGUAACUUGGGAAUUUCGAGGGGAUUCGGAAGAUUGAUAAAAGAGUGAACCCGUGAGGAAAGAGGAAUUUUGAGGAAGGGUAGAGAUGGCGUUGAAAUUUCUGAACAAGAAGGGUUGGCAUACGGGGAGUUUGAGGAAUUUAGAGAACGUUUGGAAAGCGGAGCAGAAACAUGAAGCAGAACAAAAGAAGUUGGAGGAGUUGAAGGUGCAGAUUCACAAGGAACGCGAGGCUGAGGAGUUGCGGCAGCAGUAUCAAGCAGCUGGACUCGCUCCAAAGCAGGAUCGGCUCGAGUUCCUGUACGAUUCUGGAGCUGGACCCAGUACCAACAAGCCUGCUGAGGAUUACAAUGCUCAAAGGGCUUCUGUGGAAUCGAAAAGCGACAACAAACCUGCAAAACCAGGUGAGAAGAUCGGCGUUGCUAUCCCAGGAGCCCUAUUUUCGUCGGAGACGAACGUCGUGUCUGCCAAUGACAAAUGGAGGAAGAUCCACAGCGACCCGCUUUACCUCAUCAAACAGCAAGAGCUUGCGGCCUUGGAGAGAAUCAGAAAGAAUCCAGUGAAAAUGGAAAUGCUGGCGAACCAGGUGCGCCAGAGACUGAAGCCUGGGAAGGACAAAGAGGAGGAGGACGACGACGAUGAUCCUGAUAAUGAUGAUGGUAAGCACAGAAAGAAGAGAAAAAAGGAUCACAAGAAUGGAAAGAAGCGGGAUAGAGAUUACAAGCACGAGAAGAAGGUUGAGAGAGAUGGCAAGGAGAAGAAGAAAAAUCGAAGCGACAAACACCGCAAGCGACGAGGUGCAAGUGACUCGGAAUCGUCUGAAUCAGAAUCGGGGGCCAGACUUUCCAAGAGACGGGUGGAGACCGAUCACAGGAUCGACAGAGAAGCCGGACCUGACAGACGAUCGAAGAUGUCCACCAGAGACGGGAGUCCCACUGCGCGACGAAAGGAGGAACGACGUGAGAGAGAAGGUGAUAUGAAUGAUGAUAGAUUAGGAAGGGAAGCCGACGUUGGUGACAGAUACAGAGAGAACAACAGACCAUCGGAGAACUAUCACGAUCGGAAUGACAGAUCUAGGAAGUCUGAAAUUGAACGGAAGUCUACGAGAGAGUAUGACAGGGACUACAGGUCUUCAAUGGAUCAUGAGAAUGGGGAUUAUAAACAGAGGGAGGCUUUUGGUCGUGAAGAAAGGCAUUCGAGGUCCUUCAGUGAGCAUGACAGGUCAGGGAAGUCGCACAAUGUCAGUGACAAUCGAUCCAGGACGUAUGAGAGGGACGAUAGGCCACGAAAAGAGUACGACGUGGAUGAUAGACAGAAGAGAAGACUCAUUUGAGCUGUUAGUAAAUUUGUGUCGAGGAAAUAGUCAAAACAAUGGCACCCGAUGUUUUCAGCUGGCCCGAAAAGCGUGUUGUGCACACGGGAGUUUGCAAGGUUGCUCUUUGCCAGCCCUCAGGAGCUUUUCUGAUUGUAAAUUAUGCAGAAUAUGCUACAUUUUAUGAGGUUUAUCUGGCAGUAGUAGUGGAUCACCGUGGAAGAUAUGGGCUCCCGGUUUUAAGUACUGGCAGGAACGGAAUUUCGAUGAAAACCUUUAUAGCAGCAUGUGAUAGGAUGAGUUUCACAGUUGGAUGUGUUACUCGUUCCACAGCGUGGGGAUCAUCCAGUUGCGCCGCGUCAUAGCCGUUCACAAACAAGCAACAUGAAUAUGCACACAAGUCUAUGCUAUUCAAGUUUUUGAGACUCCCGCUGAAGAGAACAAUGACGAAGAGUUGUACAAAACAAGGGAAAAUCCCUUUUCAAUUCAGAUCGGCCGUAAAUGGAGAAAAGGCAUUUGUUCAGAUCUCCUGUAUUACUUUAAAGAACAACAUUUAUGCAAUUGUUAGCAGUAUUUUGUCUCAUUAAUAAAAUGCAUUCAAGUGUUUUUCGAAUCUU